UUUCCUUUUGCCUCAGCUUCAGCAGGAGUAGAGAGAGAGGGAGAGAGAGCCACAGAGAGGGAGAGGCAGAGAGAAACCAGCAAUCUUUAAACUCGAGCUUUCUUUUUUUUACCCCCUUCAUUUCUUUCGCCUUUUUUUUUUUUUUAUUUUUUUUUUUUUUUUUUUUUUGCUAAAGAUGUGCUAAAAUCUCUCCUGCAAACCGGUAAGUACAACCUUUCUGGAUCCUUUUGUUUCCGCCUAGGGUCAAAGACACCCCCCUCUUCCAAAAAGAAGAUAUAAUAAUCCUCUUUAUUUAUUUUUUUAUUUUUAUUACAGCCCUUGCAGAAGAGAAAGAACUUAAGUGGCUAAUAUUUUGCAAAGGAGACAGAGAGAUUGAUACUGCAAUAUAGCUCUCGUCUCUCUCCCUUCUCCCCAAUUAGAUGCUGGUUUUAAUUGCAGAGGGUAUUUCUCUUUUCGUGCUUUCAACCAUCUCCUCUUUCCCACAGGGGAGGGUUUCAUUUGCAAGUUGAUCCUAAGGAUUCCUGUUCCUCCGGCAUUUCUCUCCCCUAAAUGCAUCUUUCUGCUCUUAAGUUUGCGGAUGGGGGGCAAUUUUUUCUAGUUCUUACACGAGGAAGGCAAAAAGGACCUUUUUAUUGGGAGAUUGAGACUAAAAGCAAUGAUCGCUCCGAAUCAUUCUAAUGGGCAUUUCAGGGAUUCAAGGAAGGCUGCAUCACCACCGCUAUUAUUCCCAUCCUUAGCGUUUCCCUGUGCCCAUACAUUUAAAAUAUCUGGUGAAAGGAAGGGUGAAACCAUAUGUUGAAGGAGCUGCAUCUCAUUAGGGCAGUAUUAUUUUCAUCUGAUUGGAGAAGAAUGGUGUCUUCAUUCGGAAUCGUGUGUAGUAGGAUAGAGAAUUUAUCUGCUGGUAAGUGUCAAGGUAUUUUUUUUCUUCCACUUUCAGCUUUUUAACCGGGUCUCCUGCUUGGUCCAGGGGGCACAAAAUGCCCUAAUCCAAGGCAGGCUGAGCGUUUCAAUCCUAGGUGCCUCUUCAGCUGUCACUUCCCUUUAGAUCUGCUGAUCGCAUGGGCAUGUGCUUUAGAAAGAUUAAUCAUCUCUAAAUGCUUUAAUCAGCUAAAAUGACUAAUAUGUGGUGUGUAUUUAUCUGAUAAUAUACCAGUUGCAUUAAUUCACCGGUGCAUUUGCGAGGGGAAGAUUUCCUUCCCAGUCAGGGUCGUUAACCAUUUGCUCCGGUAAAGACACAGUGGGGAUUUCUGAGGGGAACCGUUCUGCCAGGGACAUCAGCAAACCCCGCACAUUCCCUGGAACUCGCGUGUGGAACGUAUCGAGCCGGGAGGGAGGGAGAUUCGAGGCUGGAGGUUCAAUAACUUUGGGAGUUUGCAUGGAUGAAGGAUGUGGUGCGACACCGGAGAAAUCUGCCCACACUUGGUGUGUUUCCCCCCCACCCCGGAGUGGAGGCAGGCUGUGAUGGCUCCUGGGCUAAAAUCGCACCCGGGGAUGAGAUCCGGGUGGUUCCGACGCCUGGGAAACGUGGAGAGACGCAACACGUUCGGUGUGCUCGUGGUGCUGUGUGGGGCUGCAUGUGCUGUCCCCUUUAUAGGUGGCAUUUACCACGGGGAGGGGAGCAAGGCAGGCUGCUAUUGCGUGAUGGAGCCGUCUAACAUCUCUCGAGUAUAAAUCAGGGCAAGGCUCGCCCAGCCGACACCCCUGGAGUUGGUUGGGAACGUCUGCCCAACAAUUGCUGAACUUUCCAGGAGCCUGACAUGAGUCCAGCAGGUAGGGGCUUAGGAAAAGGAGAGGGACGGGGCAGAAAUACUGAAAUCUGUGUUUCUCUUCCCGUUGCAGUUUUGUAAACAUCAACAAAUGAUGAAACCUUCCACGGCAGAGACGCUUCAUAAAGGAAGGAUGUUGUGGAUAAUUCUUCUAAGCACAAUUGCUCUAGCAUGGACUACACCUAUUCCCUUGAUAGAGGACUCGGAGGAACUGGAUGAGCCCUGCUUUGAUCCAUGUUACUGUGAAGUGAAGGAGAGCCUUUUCCAUAUACAUUGUGACAACAAGGGAUUUAUAAAUAUUAGUCAGAUAACAGAGUCGUGGUCGAGACCUUUUAAACUUUAUCUGCAGAGGAAUUCCAUGAGGAAAUUGUACACCAACAGUUUUCUUCACUUGAACAAUGCUGUAUCUAUUAACCUUGGGAACAAUGCACUGCAGGACAUUCAGACGGGGGCUUUUAACGGGCUCCGAGUUCUGAAGAGGUUGUAUUUGCACGAAAACAAAUUGGACAUUUUCAGGAACGACACUUUCCUGGGUUUGGAAAGUCUGGAAUAUCUGCAGGCAGAUUACAAUGUCAUUAAACGGAUUGAAAGCGGGGCAUUUCGAAACCUAAGUAAAUUGAGGGUCCUUAUCCUAAAUGACAAUCUUAUCCCCAUGCUUCCCACCAAUUUAUUUAAGUCCGUGUCCUUAACCCACUUGGACUUGCGGGGGAACCGCCUCAAAGUCCUGUCGUACCGCGGGAUGUUGGACCACAUUGGCAGGAGCCUGAUGGAGAUCCAGCUGGAGGAGAACCCGUGGAACUGUACGUGCGAGAUCGUGCAGCUCAAGAGCUGGCUGGAGCGCAUCCCCUACACUGCUCUGGUGGGGGACAUCACCUGCGAGACACCUUUCCACUUCCACGGGAAGGACCUGCGGGAAAUCAAAAGAAGCAAGCUCUGCCCCAUGCUGUCCGACUCCGAGGUGGAAGCCAGCCUGGGCAUCCCUCAGCUGUCCUCCAGCAAGGAGAACGCGUGGCCUACGAAGCCUUCCUCCAUGCUGUCCUCCUUCCAUUUCACCGCUUCCUCUGUUGAGUACAAAACGUCCAACAAGCAGCCCAAGCCCACCAAGCAGCCCCGGGCGCCCCGGCCUCCCCCGACCCCUCGUGGCCUGUACCCCGGGCCCAACCAACCGCCCGUGGCUGCCUACCAGACCCGACCCCCCAUCCCCAUCAUCUGCCCUACCGGCUGCUCUUGCAGUUUGCACAUCAACGACCUGGGCCUGACCGUCAACUGCAAGGAGCGGGGGUUCCACAACAUCUCCGAGCUCCUGCCCAGGCCCUUGAACGCCAAGAAGCUGUACCUGAGCGGGAAUUUGAUCCAGAAGAUCUACCGCUCCGAUUUCUGGAAUUUUUCCUCCUUGGAUCUCUUACACCUGGGGAACAACCGGAUCUCCUACGUGCAGGACGGGGCGUUCAUCAACCUGCCGAACCUCAAGAGCCUGUACCUGAACGGGAACGACAUCGAGCGGCUCACCCCGGGCAUGUUCCGGGGCCUGCAGAGUUUGCAUUACCUGUACUUCGAGUACAACCUGAUCAGGGAAAUCCAGCCGGCGGCCUUCAGCCUCAUGCCCAACCUGAAGCUCCUCUUCCUCAACGACAACCUGCUCCGCACGCUGCCCACCGACGCCUUCGCCGGCACCUCCCUGGCGCGCCUCAACCUGCGCAACAACCACUUCCUGGCGCUGCCGGUGGCCGGGGUGCUGGAGCACCUGCACGCCAUCGUGCAGAUCGACCUGAAGCUCAACCCCUGGGACUGCACCUGCGAGCUGGUGCCGCUGAAGCAGUGGCUGGAGGCGCUCAGCUCCGUCAGCGUGGUAGGCGAGGUGCUGUGCGCCAGCCCGGAGCCGCUGGCCCGCCGCGACCUGCGCUCGCUGGAGCUGGCCGCGCUGUGCCCCGCCCCGCCGCCCUGCGCCGUGGGCUUCGUGGACUGCCUGUACGGCACCGUGCCCAAGCUGAAGGAACUGCACGUCCACCCCCCCGGCAUGCAAUACCCGGACCUGCAGCAGGACGCCAGGCUGAAGGAGACCCUGCUCUUCGCGGCCGGCAAGGGCUUCCCGGACCACCAAACCCCCACAAGCGAAUACCUCGAGUUAAGGGCCAAACUCCAAACCAAGCCGGAUUACCUCGAAGUCCUGGAGAAGACCACGUACCGGUUCUGACCGCCGCCCCGCCGCCCGCCCGGCCCCGCCGCCCGCGAGCAGAGGAUACAGCUGUGCGCUCUGCCCCGCCAGAUGUGCGCGCUGCGGGGCAGGGCCCUUCUCAGAUCAGUAAUCGACGAAGUGCCUUCGCAGACUUUUGCCAGCAGAUGUUAAUCAAUCAUUAUUUUUUAUACUGAAACUGAGACUUUGACUGUGCCAUGUCUAAAGGUGGAAAAGAACAGCAAGGCCAGGUAAGCCCCAGUCACAGCCAACAACUGCACACAGGGAAAUGGAAAGGAUGAUCCUGGUGCUCAAUUUUUGGUGCUUUUUGUAUUUUCUGGAUGUUGUCAUUGAUGUCACCAUCACAUUGUACCCUAGGUUACAAAAUUUGUUUGGAAAUGGCUUCAUUGAUCUCUUGAGUGUAUCAACAGUGACAGAAAGAUGUUAAAUGUGAUGGUAUGAGUAAUAAUCUGAAUUGUGAAAAGCCUGUUGCCUACUGCUCUGGUUAGAGUGUUAUUGGAGAGUGAGAAUCUAAUUUCUUAGGAGAUUCAGUGAACUUGAUUUAAGCUGUGGCAGCUCCAGAUUUUGUCAGAGACCUUUCCAGACAAAACCACCUUUGAGUGUGGCAGCACAUUCUGAUUUGGUUUUAAGGUAGAAAUGUGUGGGUUUUUCCAACUUGUGUUCUCCCUGAGAACUUUGGGAGCACCAGGAGGGGCAGGUCUCUCCAAAAUGUGAGGCUGUUCUUCUGAAGCGCUUGGGUGUGCCGGCAGCACUCGAUGAGCUCUGCGCUGCUUCCACUUGCUUCAAGUACCCACUUCACGCGACAAAGAUGUGAUGGCUCAGGUUUAGGUUUAACAGGAGUGUUCACGUGAAGAACAGCGAGUAGAGUUUGGCCUUAAGUGUGGGAGUUCAUUGCUCAGGACAUUAUUGAACCAUGGGUGUGACUCCUGGCAGCGCUCCAGCCACUCCGGAGUGAACUUGUUCCAGGAUCGCCCUUCUUCCAAAGGCACUUGCUUUUACAACGUGGAUUUAUGGACACUCGGAAAUCAGGCUGUGGUGUGCUGCAUAUUCCUCUUUUCUGAGUUUUUCCAAGGCUUGGUUUUCAGUCUGUAGCUGAGUUUCUCAGUGAAUUUAUGUAUUUAUGUGUACACAAUUAUGUAUUUAUGUUGUACACAGUACAACACUGUUUUUCUCCAUGGAAGAAAUGCAGAUUGAUCCAGGAUGUAGCUCACAACAACUCUUUGUAUAAAAAUUCCUAUUUUUUAAUUCUGGUGUGAGUGGAAAUACAUAUUUAUUUUUUUUCCUGUUCUUGAAAUAUUUCUGAUUUGAUUGAGCAGUGGAAAAAUUGGAAUGUGCUUGGAACACAGGAGUGGGAAUGGAAUGGAGGCCCAGUUCUGCUCCCUUGGAAGCCAAUGUUGAAACACCACAUUAUGCUCAGUUCUAGUCAACAGACUUGAAUGAAGAGCAAAAUCUGAUCUCAGAAAAUUACAUCUAUUAAGUGGAUUCAAGUAUUUUGAGACAAGUACUCCAUGGGACUGUUUCAGAAUAAAAUGAGUAAUGGUACAGAGAAAAUGGGUUUGCCAUCAAUUCAGUAAUUCUCUGAUUGACCUCACUCACAAGUUAACUGACCAGUCUUUAAGGCUUUUGAUUUUAAAGACAAAUUAGUUUAGUUCCAAUGUAAUUGGUGACCAACUAGCCAAGAAGAUUAUUCAUGUAACAAUUACAGAUUAUUUGGAAAUACUUUAUUAGUAUUAUAUUUUUCUUUGAGAUCAAGAAUAUGAAGGUCCCUUCCAACCCAGAGCAUUCUGUAUUUCUAUGAUUGGCAGUCACUGACAAUUAUGCUUUCUACAACUUCUCUAAAAUGACUUUUCCUUGAUCCUUAUGGUUUCCCAGUUGUAAAAUUCUGUCAUUAUCUCAUUUUUGUUCAGGUUGUUGGGGCAGUUUGGGGGAUUUCUAUGAGAACAUUGACUUUGCUGCACACAGAGUUCCCCAGGAGGCUGCUGGGGUGACACUUGUAGGUUAUUUUGGAUCCCCGUGGAAGCAUUUGGAAACACUUCCCUGUGGUGGUAUUUUCUCUGCUAAAUGAGUCAGUAUUGUGUUUUUCAGGAUGGUGUCAGGUGGAUAAUUUUUGUGGGAAAAUGAGAGGAAAAGGCUCAAAGAGCAGAGCUGUAGGAAUGCUCUAUAUCUAUAGGGUGGAUGGUGCCUCAGUCCUGAUAUUUUUGAAUGUUAAGAGUGUUGAUCUGAAGUGUGGGGUUAUUUUUAGGCAUUAUUUAGAGGUGUGGACGUGCAACACUCAGCUGUUGGGUGCCUUAAAAAGAGCAGAUACUAACAGAGGGCAGAGCAAAUACAAAACAUUCAUGACCAAGUCCUAUGUCCUAUCCUGAAUCUUUAAUGUCCAUUUACUUUUUCUAAUGCCUUUAUUUUUCCACUGGAAUUUUCUAAAUCUCUCAAGAAUAUCCUAUAUAGUCUAUGAAUUCUGAAGGGAUGUUUCAGGUUAGCCAAGGACUGACUCUCUCUGUACUUGGGAAUUCCAACAAAUGCCACUGCCUGUGGAGAAAUAUCCUGGCCAUGGCCCGUGGCACAGCAAUUUGGCUUGUCCUUGGAGCACAGAGCCAGGGAGGGAGGUUCUCUGCAGUGAUCAGAUUUUGCAGUAGGGCUCAAAUGAUUCCAAGCAGGAAUUCCUGAAUUGUGAUAAAUCACUUUUGGAAUGGGAAAGACUUUGUGCUGCUGCUUCUGGUGGCACUGCCAUUGCUGCUGGUGGUGGUGGCCCCUGGCACCAUUCCUGAGGAGGCACUCCUGUAGCAGAUACUCUAAAAACCAAUUAAACAACCAAAACAAAAGCUGAAGAAAAGUUUGGGACCUUUUCAUCCUACAGAAUACUUACAGGGACUUACUUACUUUUUAUCCUACAGGACUUACAGGGACUUACUUUUAUCCUACAGGGUAACUACAGGGACCUUAUCUAAAGUUAAUGACAUUCCCUAAAUAUUACAGUAGCAUUAAUAUACUGCUUAUGGGGGUUUUAUGCAUUAUUUCUUGCUUUCCUUUGCUUUUCCAGAUUCAGUAGCUGGUUUACACCCUAAAGAAUUAUAGGAAUGUAUUUGUUGAUCAUUUUUUCAGGCUCUACUUGUUUAAAACUAAGUCAGUCCCAACAGUAACUCUCCUAAACUAAGUUUUAUAGAAAGAUACAUAAAGCUUUGGGUUUGUACUUUGUCUCUAAACCAUUUUAUGUGUUUAAAUAUACAUAUAUAAUAUAAUAUGUCCAGUAUCUGAAUAUCCCUUGAACCAAAAUCUGUCAUUGAACUUUGGAGGUUUUGACUUUGAAAAUCAAAGUUAACUUAUGGUUUGUGAGGUUUUUUGGGUUUUUUUUUGCUCUGUGAUUGUUCAGUUUGAUUUUAUCACUGGUAUGACCAGAGAGAGGGAAACAUUGCAGUGUGAAUAUUCUCAUCAAACUGUGCUUUUAAUAGGACUUUAAAUUGAAUUCUUGUACUUAUUUUCUUUGGAAAGUGAAGGAGCUCUGCUCCAAAGAGAGUAGGAAUUGCCUCUCAGAGGUGAAAUAUCUUCACUCUGCUGUGUCCUGAGAGUGCCCAGCACGGUCUGACUCAAAGGGAGAUGCUGGGAAUUGCCAUGAGUGAGAUUUCAGUGUUGGAUGGGACCAGCUAAGCUGCUCCACCUGAGAAAUCCAGUCCUUGGGGUCCUGCACCACUGGAGGUACCUCCCUGCACUGGGAGCACUGAGAAAACUCGUGGUGCUUUGGUGAAACAUGAGCUUUGACAAAAAUUAGCCAUUGGUAAUGGAUGCUGGUCAGUUGAGUUUGUCUGUUUUUAGGGAACACAUCCAGGUUUCUCUGGUGCUGUUAAACUGCCAUGCAAAGGGCAAGACUGAUCAGUUGUCCCCAAAGCACUGCUGCAAUAAACCUGUAGCUAAAUGCAUUCUUUUUAAUCAGAGACAUUUCCUGUGGCAUCACUUCUGUUAUGUUUUCUUGCAGUGACCCAAAAACCUGGCUGCUUUGGAAAGUGGAUAGUAUUGGCAAGCAAAGAAAUAUGGCAAGUAAAAGUCUUUUUUAGAUCCAGUUGAUGUCAGUGUUUUCUUCAAAGAAAGGGCAAGUCACAGCCCUGAGGGGUCCUGAGGAGGAGUUAAGGCACUGAUUAAAGCAGAGACUAAUUGUUCAGUCCAUGUUCAGUUCUCCCUUUCUGUUUUGAACCAAUAAGACUUGUGGAUGGAUCUAAUUUAUGUAGGUAGAUAAACAUAUAUAUUUAUAUAUAUAUAUAUAUAUAUUUCUAUAUAUGUAUUCCUGCUGUUAGCAGUGGGGGCUGUGGCACUGCAGCCAGGGAGGCUGAUGAUGGAAGGAAUGGCAAUGGUGACGCUGUGACAAGUGGGAAUUUUGCCAAGGCUGUUGGUGAGAACAGCACCUGAAAGUCAAGUGCCUCUCUCUGCCUUAGAGACAGCCAAUAACUACAGGAAAUUCUUGGUUUAGAGCAGGUCACAAGUAGCCCCCAGACCCUGUUUUCCUGCCUUUGGCCCAAGCUCUCUCAGGUCACUGGCAUUUCCAAAACUGCUCUUUCCUGUCUGCAUGCACAGAUCCUCCUUGGGCUGAGGACACAGCCUGACCCCUCUGUUUGUGCGUGGAGUGGAGACCAACUGCAAACACGGUUCUCUCUUGGGUUUUUCUGUAGAGUGGUGUAUUGCACCUCGAGACUUCCCUCUGCCCCGCCUGGAGUGCCCUCAGCUUGCUGGCAGCCUCGCCAGGUUGGUGUUGACACACCUGUGGUGGUGUCACAGGCCUUUGGCAGCCCCUCCGAGCCAACCAGAGUCUGUCCAAGCCUUCAGAGCACAAAGCCCUGAUAAGAAGGAUCUCUAACAGGUAUGCAUCAGGGAGAAGGAGGAGAUGCUCCUAAAAUUAGUUGCUGUCAGCUCCGAGCAGGAGUGAGUGCCUCGUGUGUCACGGAAACGCUGAGUAUGUGCUGUAUAUACUGUGUGUAUAUCUAAGUCUGUACCUAUAAUUACACUGUUGAAGUGUAAAAUUCAAUCUUUGCAAACUGCUGGGAGAUUCAGGAAUGUGGCUUGCUUUGGACUGUAAUUAAAAUGUGGGCAUUUGGGUUAAAAAUAGCUCCUUUUCGACCUACAUUUCCGAUGUAGGUCAGUGGAGGCACUUCUCAGACAUAUUAGCAUUUUGGACACUUAAUCUUAGCAGCAUAUUGCAUCUCCUAGAAUAGGUUAGGAGAGGCAAGGCAGGAGGAAUUGCUGCAUCUCGAGUCACCCAGAGAGGUUGCCAAGUUUCUCAGGCACCAGAGAGGCAGAAUAAUGAGGAUUAUAUUUAAUUCGGGCUGGAGAGGCAACCGUGGGGUGUUGAACAGAGGCAGCUCAGAUCAUCUUGGCUCUGUGGGGGAGGGAGAAUUUAUAACUCUAGCUGGCUCCAAAGCAAGCUGUGUGUGCAUUUGUGUGUGUAUAUAUAUUUAUAUAUAUGUAUAUACAAAUCUGGAUGUGUAUAUAACACCCUGUGUAUAUAUGUAUGUAUGUAUAUGCCUACAGUGUACAAAAUGUGUAUCUAUAGAAAUGUAUACAUUUAUAUGAAUUUCUAUUUCUCUAUAUAAAUAGUCAUGCAGCUAAGGGAAAUCACAUUUCCACGGCGUGUCCUUUUCUGUAACACCCCCCCAAAAAAGGAGCUGCUUUCAUUAACAUCAUAUUGGCACAAAUGUCUUAAAUUUUCUCUUUAGAAAGGAGUGGUGCCUAGUGGCUGAGCACAAGCCUGGAAGGUUUUCACUCUUCCAGAGGACUUCCAGUAAAUCAUGAAUUGCUCCAGAGCUGUCCCACAUUUGUGAAAUAAAGUGGUGGCCAAAAUGACUCAGGGCUGGUUUUAUAGGCAAAGGAAAGUGUUGUUAGCUGUGAAUUGGAAACCUCUUCUAUGCUCUCAGAGUUUUGAUGGUGAAAUAUCUGCACUGAUAAUUACUCUGGUUGCUGUUAAUUUCCCAGCUAUUGGCUUGAAAAAAUAAUUUCCUGCUCUAAAGUAAGUUAUCUGAAGUCUGAUUAUGUUGCCUCAGUGAUGUAUGGAUUUCCAUUUAGGGUCAGGAUGUUGGGCUGUAAAUCAAGAAUCUGAGCUCAGUGAACAUCUAGUUUGGGAUGUGUCUUUUCUGUUCUAAUUGAUUUUAAAUAAUUUCAAUUCAUCAUCAGAACAAGCUAUACCUUAAUUCAUGAGAAGCUCAAAGAAUUUCUCAUUCAUACCAGGGUGAACUUUGCACUUGACUUCGGUGGGGUUGAACGAGGUCAGAGCGUUUCAUUCAGCACUGGCAUAAAAACAAUCUUGUAGUUGUGCAACUAUUAAUUCAAAUUGUAAUUUUGUAAUAAAAGUAGCCUCAAAAUGA